AGAGAGGGAUGGGCCUGGCUGCUUAUGAGCGGAGGUCCCUGCCCGAAGUGUCCCCAUGGUGACGUGGUGGCAGCUCUGUGUGUGCAGCCUGGGGAUCCUCCUCCUGACGCCAUGUUCUCUCGCUGAGAAGUUCUCCCUGGCUGGCUCCCCAAGCCCUGUGGUGGGGGUAAUUGGCCAGGAUGUGGUGUUACCCUGCCAGCUGUCACCCCCAGCCCGGCUGCCCAGCAUGGAUGUGCUGUGGAGGAAAAUUGGAACAGGAUUUAUUCCUGUUCAUGAGUACAUGGAUGAGGGAUCCCAGAACCUGCCAGGGGAGAGUUACCAGAACCGGACGGAGCUGUUUCCACAGGAGUUCAGCCGUGGGAAUGUCUCCCUGAAGCUGAAACGGCUCCAAGAGGCAGAUGCUGGGACAUACCAUUGUUUUGUGAAGAACCCAGAAUGGAGCCAGGAAGCCAUCACUGAGCUAGGGAUUGCAGCUGUGGCUCCAGUGUUCAUUGAUGUGCUGGGCCCCCGGGGCCAGGGGAUCGGUCUGGCCUGUAGAUCUGCAGGCUGGUUCCCCAAACCCGAACUCCAGUGGGUUGGAAAACACCUGCAGAACCUGGCUAUGGAGAUUGUGAGCAACGUGACUCAGGACAGGGAGAACCUGUACAGUGUUGUGAGUCACAUCACUGUCACAGAAGGAGAAGACAAUGGAGACAUCAGCUGCAUAGUGUGGAAUGGCCUGCCAGGGACCGAGCAACGAUCUGCCAUUCACCUCUCAGGUGACGUCUUCCCCCGUGUUUCUCCCUGGCGGGCUGCAUUCUGGGUGAUGUUCACUCUGUUUCUCAUUGCUGCUGGAGCUUGUGUAUAUCGUGGACACACAGCGAAGCGAAACGCCUCUCAGAAGAAACCCUCUACAGAAGAGACUCUAUUAAAUCUUGAGACUGAGAAGACGACCUUGGACACAGAUUGCCAGGAGCUGUAUGAGACACUUGACACUGAGGAGAAAGAGAAGCAGGCCCUGAAGUCAGACACUGCGGAGAAAGAGAAGCAGGCCCUGAAGUCAGAAUGCCAGGACCUGCCCCAAAAGAAUGUGACAAAUGAAAAGAGAUUGAAAUCAGAAGGCCAGGAGCUGCAUGAGAAGCUUGAAUGGAGAAAGUCUCGCAAUAUAAAAGAAAACUUCACUCUUGAUGCAGGAACAGCCCACCCCAACCUCUCCAUUUCUGAUGACAAGAAGAGUUUGAAACAUGAAGCCCAACCUCAGAAUGUUCCACCAAACCCAGAGAGAUGCUGUUUAUCCAUUCUUUAAAAAUUCCCACAAAGGAACAUCAAUGAAAAUUUUGUUCAAUUAAAGA